AUGGGGUCUUCAGAAGAUAACAUCAAUGAGCCCUUGCUCCAAAGCAACACACAAUCUCCCUCUUUGUCAUCCUAUUCAUUCACCACAAAGCAUCAAUCAAGCCGCGAGCUUGAAAGGAUUUUGUCCGACGAUAGCGUGCCUUUCUUGCGGCGUCUACCAGCCGCUACAUGGAUUGAGUUCAAGCUCCUCUUCUACCUUGCUGCUCCGGCUGUUAUUGUAUACAUGAUCAACUAUCUCAUGUCCAUGUCCACCCAAAUCAUUGCCGGCCACCUUGGUAACCUUGAGCUUGCUGCCGCCUCUCUUGGCAACAAUGGCAUCCAAGUCUUUGCCUAUGGCCUCAUGUUAGGCAUGGGGAGUGCUGUGGAGACGCUAUGUGGACAAGCAUAUGGAGCCCAAAAGUACGAAAUGCUAGGCAUAUAUUUGCAAAGAUCAACCAUCCUUCUCACUUUAGCAGGUGUCCUUCUCAGUAUCAUCUAUAUCUUCUCCAAGCCCAUCCUAAUAUUUCUUGGUGAAUCACCAAGAAUUGCAUCUGCAGCAGCAAUUUUCGUCUAUGGUCUAAUCCCUCAAAUCUUCGCAUACGCUGUAAACUUCCCUAUCCAAAAAUUUCUACAAGCUCAAAGCAUUGUACUCCCUAGUGCAAUAAUGUCAACGGCCACACUAGUGGUACACAUUUUGCUAAGCUGGGUUGUAGUGUACAAGAUUGGGCUUGGGUUGUUAGGUGCAUCAUUAGUGCUGAGCUUGUCAUGGUGGAUUAUAGUGGUGGCACAAUUUGUCUACAUAGUGAAAAGUGAGAGUUGCAAGUAUACGUGGAGGGGGUUUAGUCUGCAAGCAUUCUCAGAAUUACCAGGAUUCUUUAGGUUGUCAGUGGCAUCAGCGGUGAUGCUAUGCCUAGAGACGUGGUACUUUCAAAUUCUUGUUUUGCUGGCUGGAUUGCUUCCGAACCCUGAGUUGGCUUUGGAUGCCCUAUCCAUUUGCACAACAGUAUCUGGAUGGGUUUUCAUGAUCUCGGUUGGCUUCAAUGCAGCUGCAAGUGUGAGAGUGAGCAAUGAGCUUGGAGCUGGAAAUCCAAAGUCAGCAUCAUUUUCUGUGACGGUUGUGACAUUGAUCUCCUUCAUCAUCUCUGUGAUCUCAGCAUUGGUUGUGCUUGCUUUACGCGAUGUCAUAAGCUAUGCAUUCACUCAAGGUGAAACCGUGGCCGCUGCUGUCUCGGAUCUCUGCCCACUUCUCGCCCUCACCCUCCUCCUCAAUGGAAUUCAACCUGUCGUGUCCGGGGUGGCUGUUGGGUGUGGAUGGCAAGCUUUCGUUGCAUACGUAAAUAUUGCAUGUUACUACGGGGUUGGAAUACCAUUGGGUGUGCUUCUCGGCUUUUAUUUUAAACUUGGUGCCAAGGGGAUAUGGUUGGGAAUGCUCAGUGGCACGUUGGCGCAAACUAUCAUUUUGAUUUGGGUUACGUUUCGGACGGAUUGGAAUAAAGAGGUGGAAGAAGCUACCAAAAGGUUGAACAAAUGGGAGGAUAAAAUGGAAUCACUUACGAUGAACUGAAACUAGUUUUGAAAAAUGAUCUCGAUUAGUGCAUUUGAAUUGCACUAGUGACUGUCUGACUUUGCAAAUUGGGAGAGCCUGAGGUACGGCAUUUGGGUAAAAUUAUGACAAAUUAAACAAAACUUUCUGAGUUAAAAUUCUUCUUUCACUGUAUAACAUUCCAUAUUAUUGAAGAACAGAGAAAA